UUAGAGAUUGUGGAGGCAAGUCGUGUGGCACAAGAAGUGAAGCAUCCUUUCAGAAACCUCCUUAAGCGUAGGAACAUGCCUCAGUUGGUCAUUGCAAUUUGGAUGCAGAUUUUCCAGCAAUUCACUGGCAUUAACGCAAUCAUGUUCUACGCUCCAGUUUUGUUCCAGACCUUGGGAUUUAAGAGUGAUGCUUCCCUCUACUCAGCUGUUAUCACAGGAGCUGUCAAUGUCCUCUCAACCGUUGUAUCAAUAUACUUUGUCGACAGAGCUGGUCGGCGCGUGCUAUUGUUAGAAGCCGGUGUCCAAAUGUUCCUUUCUCAAAUGGUGGUUGCAAUAAUAAUGGGACUCAAAGUGAAGGAUCACUCUAACAACCUUGGCCAUGGCUUGGCAAUUAUUGUGGUGGUUAUGGUUUGCAGUUUUGUUUCAUCCUUCGCGUGGUCUUGGGGACCUCUCGGGUGGUUGAUACCUAGCGAAACGUUCCCAUUAGAGGCCCGCUCAGCAGGCCAGAGUGUGGCUGUCUGUACCAACAUGCUCUUCACCUUUAUCAUAGCACAGGCCUUCCUCUCAAUGCUUUGCAACAUGAAGUUUGCCAUUUUCCUCUUCUUCACAUUUUGGGUAUUUGUCAUGACAAUUUUCGUUGUGGUCUUAAUUCCUGAGACAAAGGGUGUCCCUAUUGAAGAGAUGACAGAAAGAGUUUGGAAGCAACACUGGUUCUGGAAGCGAUUCAUGGAUGACUUUGAGGAUGAUCCUAAGGGCAAGUUGCAUGCUUGAACUAUCUGAAUUCAGAUAGUUUAUUAUCUGCUUGGUGGUUUAUUAGAUUUUAUAAGGAGGCUUAAGAAUUCUUCUUUGGUUCUAGUAGCCUCACAACACGCCCUCUCUGCUUGCCAAAUAAUCUGCUAAUUUAUUUUCUGAGAGGCACUAUUUGAACAAAAUGUAUUCCUGC